AUAUAUAUAUAUAAAUAAGACAUGUCUCUUCUUGCACUCGCUAGAGUACUCCAGUUCAUUCAGCUGGUAUAUUCUGUCUCAUAAAACUGCUCUUGUUGUCUCUGAUAAACAGAUAUCAUCACCUUGUUCCUCACUUUUCUUUCUCACGUUAACACGACUGUGACUGCGCUCGAUGAAAAGUCAGUCUGAAGAGCUGUUGUCCUGUGAACCUGCCCUUGAUAUACGUAGGCCCGGAAUGGAAUGUUGCUGUGGAGGUUCUAUUUGGCUUUGAUUGUUGCUUUGAUUUCACACACACACACACACGCACACACACACACACACACGCACACACACACACACACACACACACACACACACACACACACACACACACACACACACACACACACACACACACACACACACACACACACAGAGUUACCUAAACCAUGAAAUGAUCUCCUCUGAACACUGUGACAAAUCAAACUGUGUCCAUCUGGUGUCUCAGUGCAGCAUCGACUGUUGACACGUGUAGGAGGCUGGUGUUGUUGAGUCACAGAUGUUACAGAAACAAACAGCUGUGAAUUGAUGCAGGGUGUCUGUUUGUGUGUGUGUGUGUGUGUGUGUGUGUUCUUGUACUUACCACAUACUGAGGACCAGAAUGAGUUUUUAACCAACAAAGUGAGGUCAUUUUUGGGAAGUGAGGACAUUUUGGCCGGUCCUCACUUUGUUUUCACUGAAAUCACUUCCUAAGGUUGUAAACAUGCUAUACUCCGUUUCUCUCAAAAGUCCUCAUUUUGGUGCAAGAAUCCGUUUUUCCACUCCUGAUUUUCACACAGUUUUGCUCUCUGGCUCCCACUACAGGCGAUUUUCUGGUACUGCACCCAAAUUAUUCCACAACUGCAAAGCAUGUAGUCCUCUGUUAUGUUGUGCUUACAGCUAUAAUAAAUAGUUUUGUACUUGACAUUUGCAAUUCUUAUUGUUUUUUGAAAAUAAUUAAAUGUAGAUUAAUAUAUUUAUUGAGCUUACUAGGUCCUGAGCACUGAAAGUGCAUGGACCCUCUUGAAAUUGCUCUGAUUAUCUUUCCUUCCAUCUUUCUUUCUUUCCUUCUUUCCUUCUUUCUUUUCACCUUAAAGUAAGUGGCUUUUGGGAGAGACUAAAGAUGCUUGUCAACUCAUGAAACUUUGCACAAAAUUUGAUGAUUGGAGAAAUGUUCAUUUAAUAUGGAUUUAAGGCACAGGCAUGGCAAAAUGGGUGGAUACUGAACCCUAAGAGAGUGAGCUUUACAUGAAAAUAACUUUGUUGCUAACAAAUGACAUAACUGGCAUUAAGGAUUCAGAUUUAGAUCUGUGGCAAACCAGCUCUCCUCAGCUUCCUCAAGAAGAGAUGCUGUUGUACCUUCCCAAUGACAGUAAAUGUAUGACAGGCCCAGAGAGUUCUUCAGUACUGUUCACCCCCUGAAAUUUAAAACUGGAGACACUCUCCACUGCUUCACUACUGAUUAAAAUUGGGUUAUGAUUUUUCCACUUCCUCCUGAAGUCCAGUAUAAUCUCCUUUGUCUUCUUGUUGUUCAACAUAGAUAACUGGUGGAACAUCAAAUUGUCAGGUUUUGCACCUCAUCUCUGUGUGCCAUAUCAUUGUUGUUAUGGAUCAAGCCUAUGAUCUUCAAGUCAUUUGUAGACCGAGUCCCUCUGUCCCUCACCCAUCACAACCUAUUCAAAAUAUUCUGGUGACACACUGCUAUACUUGCAUUCCUCAGUGACGAUAACUCGUUAAGCUAUCAAAAUUUCCAUUGCCCACUUCACACAGUGAUGUAUGGACAGCUAUGUACAGCUGAAAAAAAACAGAGAACUGGUCAUUAAUACUUCCAACACACACAGCACAGUCCACCACUCCACCCUCAAAUCCAUCUGCAUCAAUAAUUACUGCUGAGAUUGUGGAGAGAUUGAUUUGAGUGCAGUGGACAAGCAGUAAUCCUAACCCCCUAACUCAAACUGGAGCUUAGCCCUAAAACACUGGGCUACAGACCUGGUUCUGACAAAUGUUUGUAGAGCUCCUGGAGGGUUUUCAAGACCAGUCUGAUCCAUGUCCCUAGCCCCUUCAAUUCCUAAGUUAUGGGCCUUUAUGUUUGAAAGGUCAGGAGGUCAUCAUGCAAAGUGAACCAUGAAAACUUUUACCUUCAUAACUCCUGAACCACUCAAGUAAGAAGGACACCCAGGGCACUGUUGCGUUCAGUAAAAUGAUGGCUACGUGUUGUCGUGAAGUGAAAAAUAUGCCCUCACAUUUCUGUGGAAUGUGCCAUCAUAAGAGGUCAAAAGUUGGUCAAAGCUUGAGAUUUUGUUGAAGGGCAUGGGUGGUGAACUUUGAUGUUUCGCAAGCAAAAGAAGGAAGCUGUUAUAACUCAGCUGUACAUGGUGGAAUCUGCCCCAAAACUUACAGGUAUGAUGAGACUCCCACCCUGAAAACAUCUCCAUGCCAAUAUUCAGUUAUCAUGUAUUUACCUCUCCUUGUUUCAGAUUCCCCCUUCCCUGCUUGUGUGGUUUUGUCCUCCUCCCUGAUUGUCUUCCCCCACCCUGAUUACUUUCACCUUAUUACCUCGUGUGUAUGUUUAGUCCCUGUGUUUCCCGUGUCUGUUGCCAGUUUGUCUUUUGUCCAUGCACCGAACUUUGCUGCCAGUCAACGCUGUUACCUUGCCUACUCUCUGUCAGUUUUGCUUUGGAGUCUGCACCAUCAAGUAUCCCAGCCGCAAUGCAUUCUCAUAAAUGAAAUGAACAGUGUGUGAAUAUUUGAAUGAUUUCUAAAAUCAGCUAAAGGAUGAAAUGACGUGACCUAACAAAUUGGGAAAGAAAGCCCAUCUCAAACUGAGGAUUUUAGUUAAAUAACCCACUGUAAUGAAGGAAGCUCUGUCAAUCUAGUCAAUUUGGUAUAAAAAAUGAAUGAAUUACAUCAUCGAUGAAUACUUGAUCUGAAAUAAUGUGAUUUAUACCAUAUAGGGCUAAAGGAUGAAACAACGUGAUGUCGUGACCAGUAUGCUUGAAUGCAGGUUACACAAAACAAUUACUACUAAGGAAAUAAGGACCUUAUAAUCAGCUAUUUGUUAUGUAACAAUCUGAUCAAUUUUAAAAUCAAUCUGGAACAAUUCAUUAUGUAAGGGGUCAUUAACAGCUGUUUAACAUAUAUGGCGUUAGCAGCAAGUGUGUGUCGCAGGAUGACUUCCUUUUGCAGUGUUUCAUACAGUUGAGUCCUGGCAUUUAUCAAAUGUAAAGUCUUUUUAAAAACAACGCACUGUCAGUGGCAACUCUGCAACAAGCAAACAGCAGGUGACUUUGACAUCAUGCCCUGCUCUCACCAUAUAUGAAGUGUUACACAAUGUCAUCAGACAAAGCAUAGUUACUUGCACGAGUUUGACAGCGGGUUUAUUUGCCAACUGCCAGAAUACCAUGACGUACAUUAACUGUUAUCUAGUGUGCAACAGCAGAGUCUGUGCUUGUGUUCACAGCAAGUUAGCUAAUUGAAAUUAACCAGAAGAUCCGGAUGUUAUUCUCCAGUGUCUUUUCCCCCACUCCACUCCAGCAGACCCAACAGAGAGUAGAGACAGACAGUUGGGGAGCUGUGGAGGACAAAGCUUUGGUAGAGGAGUCUCCCCCUCCUGAAGCUUCUCUCUGCAGCUCCCCGACUGUCAGCUCUGUCUGUGCUGGCAUCUGUCUCUCUGCUCCACUCAGCAAAGUAAUAGGCUGUACUACUCUGUGAUAAAAGUAACCACACAGCAAGCUUUGUUAUUUGUUCAAUAUUUGCAGGAAAAAUUAUCCAAAAAGCACUGACACCACUAAAAUGCUGAUGAGUACUCCUGGUUAGCAUUGGCUUGGUGAAACUGCGACGCUCCUUAUUAUUCAGAACCUUAAUAUUCAUCCUUAAUAUAAUUUAAAUGAGUGAGUUAUAAAAUAAUUUGUGUUCUAGAGACCAAAAACAUUUUUUGUGCUAGGCUGUAAAUAUAUUUAUUUCUACUGUGAAGUUGGGCAUUUUAACAUGGGGGUCUAUGGAAAUUGAAUUGCUAUUGGAUGCUGCUUGAUUAGAGCAAGAUUUUUUCCUGUUUUGCUCAGCUUUGGUGAAAUGAAAAAAGCCCAAUAUUAUUGAUACUGUUAUCUAAAAAAUAAAAUAAAAUAAAGUUAAAAAAGUAAUUCUUCUGAGAUAAAUAUUUGGGUCUAUUUUGUACAAUCUGGGCAACUUUAUCUGGUUUUGGGAAAAUGUGAUUACAUUUUAUAUUUAUUCAAAGCCAGAGAAAAAUCUAAAUCCUUCUCAAGCUUUCAGGCAACUCUCUUUUACUGAGCAAGAGAAAAGGGCAUGCUCUGCUCAUGCUUCUCCUACCCCUCCCCCCACUUCUGGAAUGUGCAAAUUAAGAUUCAGCCAAUCAGAGCUCUCCAUGAGCCCAAGUGGCAAGGUGAAACUUCGGUCAGCAGCAAGACUAUUCUGUCCACCUGCACCUCAUGGAGACAGCCAAACGGAGGAUAAAAACUAAGGAGUCAUCACCAAAAAUGCAAACUGAAUUAUGCAGUAAUCGAGAUGGAGAUCUGCCAGAUCUGAUCCUUAUAAGUUCUCCUGUUGAGCACCAACAGGAAGCUGUAACUACACGAAGACAUGAGGGUGAUGAUGAUGAGGAUGGAGAUCUGCCAGAUCUGAUCCUUAUAAGUUCUCCUGUUGAGCACCAACAGGAAGCUGUAACUACACGAAGACAUGAGGGUGAUGAUGAUGAGGAUGGAGAUCUGCCAGAUCUGAUCCUUAUAAGUUCUCCUGUUGAGCACCAACAGGAAGCUGUAACUACACGAAGACAUGAGGGUGAUGAUGAUGAGGAUGGAGAUCUGCCAGAUCUGAUCCUUAUAAGUUCUCCUGUUGAGCACCAACAGGAAGCUGUAACUACACGAAGACAUGAGGGUGAUGAUGAUGAGGAUGGAGAUCUGCCAGAUCUGAUCCUUAUAAGUUCUCCUGUUGAGCACCAACAGGAAGCUGUAACUACACGAAGACAUGAGGGUGAUGAUGAUGAGGAUGGAGAUCUGCCAGAUCUGAUCCUUAUAAGUUCUCCUGUUGAGCACCAACAGGAAGCUGUAACUACACGAAGACAUGAGGGUGAUGAUGAUGAGGAUGGAGAUCUGCCAGAUCUGAUCCUUAUAAGUUCUCCUGUUGAGCACCAACAGGAAGCUGUAACUACACGAAGACAUGAGGGUGAUGAUGAUGAGGAUGGAGAUCUGCCAGGUCCAACCCCUACAAGAACUCCUGUUGUGUACCGAUGGGAAGCUGUAACUACACGAGGACAUGAUGAUGAUGACGAUGAGAGUGAUGAUGAUGAGGUGCUGCUGUUAAAACUGGUGCUUCAAACGUGCACAGAAAGAGACCCUGUUCUGCUGAGGAGAGAACUGCUGUCAAGCGGCAUAGUUUGUAGCUCUCAGGAAAGUACCAGCAAAAGAUGACUGCCUGCUCUGCACUGGUAAAGAGUCUCCUGUAUUUAACACCAGAAUAUGGGUAGACAUUAAAUACUUUGUCUAUAAUGAGAUAGUUAAGUGGCAUUCUAAAAGGAGUCUAUGAUUCAUAAAGUUACCUAGUGUUAAGGGAUAUGAUGCAGAUCUGUUCACUAAGAACCACGCUGCUGGCUACAAGUUGCCAAUGUUGAAAUGUUGUAUGGAGUUGGCAGACAAACAAUUUAUGUUUAUGUUAUUUAUAAGCUUUUCUUUGCAAUGUUUUGCAAUAAAAUGCACAUUUAUGUGGGGCCUUGCUGAUUUGUCCAUUUUUUUUCAUGAAUAUUCAGCAAUCAAAUAUCAAAAAUAAACCCAAUUUAAAAAUUUGCUUAAUGACAGUAAAUUUAUAAUGAACGAAAUUGGCUAUUGAGGAUUAUAUGUUCUAAAAUUAAGCAUUUCAUAACUUCAUAAGGUAAAAACAGAGUAUUAUACCAUGGAAUUAUGCCAAAUCUGUCCUCAGUAGGCCUAGAGUAAGCAUAUCUCAGUUAAUAAUCCCAGUGAAAUACUGUAAAACAAUAAUCUCACAAACUAAGUUUCUGGUCCCCACUUUGGUGGUUAAAAUCUUUUUUCUGAAACUUUGUCUUUCGCAAAAUCUAAGCUGGUGUAUAGGUUAAGGGUGCCCUCUACUGUCAAGAAAUGCUAUUUUUAUGUUGGUCUGUAGAGUGGAAGUGCCGGUCCUCGCUUUGUGAGUCUUUUUCAUCGGACCUCACUAUGCAGCAAGUACAAGAAUGUGUGUGUGUGUGUGUGUGUGUGUGUGUGUGUGCGUGUGUGUGUAUGUGUGUGUGUGUUAUUUUUCCAUCUUCUCCACUACUGAACUCUGUGUCUGGUAGUCGACCUCUGGCAGUCAUGUGACUAAUAACUGUCCUGUAUAAAACAUGACGCUGCUUUGCUGUGAACAGACAUCCAGCAGCUGUGAUCUGUAUUCACAGAGGAGGAGGAGGAGGAAGGCAGAGAUGAUUGAUAGACAGUUAGAGGAGAAUAGUUGUAUUUUCACUGGUCUUUGCUUUCAGUGUUUCACCGUCUGCAACAACAACAACAGAAGAAGAAAACCAGCCACUAAUGUGACGCUUCAUUCAUUUAAAAACUGCACUCAGGAACUGGAUGCUGUUACAUUACAAACACCGUCAGACUGUAAUAUGAAAAUGCAUAUCCAGGAGAAAUGAAAUGGCUUCAAGCCAUUCAUUAUUCAGCAGCAGAUCAUUAAAAUGUACAAAGGUGCUCUUUGUACAUUGUAAUGAUCUGCUGCCAGCCCACAUGUAUCAGUAUUUACUGAACUGUGGUCCAGCUAAUAUCAGGGAAGAUGUAGACGCUCCUGGCAGAGAUGGAUUUUAAUAACCUUCUUCUAGCUUAUAAGUAACAUCAGCAUUAAAAUCUGAGUUUUACAUGACAUCAUUCACAUCGAAUAGUUUGGCUUAUUAACCUUAAACUGUUUGUGUGCUGAGCCGUCAGACCCGUAAAUAAAAAGAUAAAUAAAUGAGUGCAGGUUUGUUCCAGUAUUUGAUGAGUCAGCUCCAGAGGUGAGAUCUUCUGGGAGUGAACACUUUCUCAUCGUGACCUUUUGACACUGUUACUUAUUUAUGACUCACUCAAAACUCUGCUUGUGUUGUUAUGAAUUUAUACAAUGAAAUUAGAGAAAUUAUAUUAGACACUGGCUCAUUUUCAUGUUCAGGAUCUUUCACUUUUUACUGCACUUGAUGAACAUUAAUAUCUGCAGCAUCAGGCUGUAAUGAGGAGUUCAUAGAAGCAUUGGAGAGACAAAGACUAAACAUGGAGAUGAAGAAUUGAAUCACAGCUAAAGAUAAAGGCAUCAGCUCCAUCAACCAGGACCAGAGUCGGUCCAGCAGGCCUCAGUGUGUCUCCUGGUUAAAUGGCCACACGGCGCUGUGACACACACUCAGCCUUUAGUCCAGUCUCUGUGGAGGACAGUAAGCUAUCAGCUGACAUCUCAACAGAGCCAACACAGGAAGCUGAUAACAGACCUGGCUGAUGGAGAGGACUGAUGAUGGAGGAGGAGAGAUGACUGUGGAGAAAAUGGUCAAAUCCAGCUGUCUGCCAGCGGAGAAGAAGACCAGCUGCUGAUCGUCUGAAAAGCGAGUGAAAGGGUGGAGUGUCACACAAUAGAUGUCUUAGUCAGCCUGCUUCAUCCGCUGGUGCUGCCUGUCAUCUCAGAUGGAUGCUGUCACAGAGUGUGUCUUUGUGUGUACAGUAUAUGUGUGAACACUGUCACAGAAUGGAACAGUCAAACAUGUGACUGUUGUAUUUGUUCUCUUGUUCGUGUUGUUUGUUGCAGUCCAACAUAAACUGAUGAUCCCAGUGAGAGCUGCUGUUUAAACGCUGGGUUGUCUCCGUCCUCUGUCACUGUUUCAGCCACUGAACUCUGAUCAGAUAUUCUUUAUGCGAUGGCCACAGAUGAGCGACGAGAUAAUUGCUUCCCUGAUGGAACCAGGGGAUUGUGGGUAAUCAGAUAAGUAUUCUAAUCAAAAGGUUUUAAAGGCUGACCACCUAAUUACACGCUGGGUUACGACUCCAUUAUUGUCUAUUAACUUCUAUCAGAUUGUGUACUGAAUAACAAGCUGGUGGUGAACAGUGAGGAUGAAUACAGAGGCUUUAGUUUCAGUCGGGCACCAACACUCAGCAGUAGGCUGAUGAUGGAGACGAGAUCUGCUGCCGUGUCCUCAAACAAGACACAUUAUGAGGACAUGGAUCACAUCAGAAAGAGUCUGUGUUGGGAAUACAGUAUAGAUUUAACAUAAAGAGCACCGAUCUCUUUUCUUCAGUGUGUGUGAGCUGCUGGAACAUCGUGUCACACUCCGUCUCUCUGUGGAAUAAGAACCAGCAGGUGACACAGACCAUCAGCUCCACUACAUGAGUGUAGAAACCAGAGGAGCUCCGUCAGUGGAGCUGAGCUGAGCCUCAUGUGGUCGUUCAGUCCAGACUGGACUCGGUGCUCGUGUCCUCCGCUGGACUCUUGGCAGUCAGGUUGGUCUCAGUAGCAGAUAACAGCUGGCAGGGUCACAGUAGCUGUCUGUUUGUGUCUGUAGCUGCACUUUGUUUCCAUCACACUUAAAGCCGUUUGACCCUUUUGACUUCCUCUUUACUUUUCUCAGUGUGACUCUUCUGACUCACUGUCGUCAAACUCCUUCAUGAACUUUUCUUGGUUAAACACUCAUGUGAUCUUCAUUCAAAGGCUGAAUUUAUUUCCAUCCAGGCUUUUCAAUGACAUUUGAUAGAUGUCAGUAAGUCUUCAUCCUGUAUGUUUAUAUGUUGAUCAGUCUGAUCGUGUUUCUGCUCCAAGAGGCCCUUGAAUCUUCCAAAGUGUCAUUCAGUAACUACUUCUUGACUAAGCUGCUCUCAGUCAGCAGUUCUCCUCAGAUCAACAUCACAGUAUCUGAACACAACUGUGUGAAACAUCAAGGACCAGUGAACAUCUGACUCGUUCUGCAGCUCGUUUCCUUUGUACCAGACUGUGAAGCUGCAGCGCUCUAACUGAGACAAAAGGCCUGAUGGGAAACAUCUUCACCAGAUAUUCAUUUAGAGUCUUCUUCACUUUCUUCAGACAUCGUUCAACACGGUUCACCAAAAUGCAGUGUACCAAUACUGAGAGGGUUGGAUCUGUGAAACAGAAUAUACAGAGUGAUAUCAGAGUGAGGAGGUGGAUCCUUCUGGGAAACACUUUGUUCAAAAUGCAUUAAGAGAAAACUGCUGAUCCUCUUAAACCAAGAUUCAUUUAUAAUGAGUAGGAACAGAAGAAGGAACAGGAAGUUGUUGACAGAUUUAAACUUCACUGACAGAAAAUCAGGAGUUGAACUUAAACGUACAUCAACUUCUAAUAUUCUGUUUGUGUCACUCUGAACCUGCUUUACAUCAUUAAUAUAUUUAUCUCACUUCAUCCUCUGCAUUUCUUUUUGAUUCUUUUCUGAAACCGAGAUGGAAAAAAACAAACACAUUAUUCCACCUGUCAGCCUGUUUCCUCCUCUCCGGCCGUGGUUUCCCUCCGGUCACCAUCACAGCUGCUUCCUGACGUAGUUCGAUGAUAAUGAGACAUAAACGUGGAUUAAACAGCUCUCAGCAUGUACAGUAUACAUCCCAACGCUCCAGCCUCUGGAAUACAAAAUAGGAUGUUUGUGUCUCUGGUCUGUGAUUCGUCUCGCUCUGUUGUGUUGUUUCUGUUAUAUUAAUACAAUGUUUUACUUUGUGCAGUC